GAAAAGCGCGUUCACUGAAAGUUUAUAUACAGAAGUAUAAACAAUUUUAAAUGGCUUCAAAUGCGAAUUGUUUCAAUUCUAUUCCCAUAUCAAUGUCAGAAAAUGAACAGAUAUAUCGAAAAUUAGAAAAAGGCGCUAAUUUAUUAAAAGUAUAUUUAAAAAGAAAGCCAGAAAGAGUGACUUUUUGUGUAAAGCUUGAAACUCGUCAAAUACUUCUGUUAAAACAAGUUGCUGGACGCAGCGUUCUUGAAAGUGCCGUUGAUUUGCGAGAAGUAAAAGAAGUUCGGAUUGGGAAGAAUUCAAAAGCCUUUGAAAGAUGGCCUGAAGAAACUCGAAAAUUUCAAAACAAUGAAUGCUUUCUUAUACUUUUUGGCAAUUCCUUUUCUUUGAAAUCAUUGUCAUGUGUUGCGAAAAAGGAUGAAUGUGAAAUGUUAGUCAAAGGUAUUCGCCAGCUUGCCAUUGAUAGUACUAAUGCACCCUAUCCAUUGUUAGUUGAAAGGUGGCUUCGUAAAGAAUUUUAUAGUAUGGAGAACUUGAGAGGAGUGAUAACUAUUAAGGAUUUAAAAGCAUUUUUGCCAAAGAUAAAUCUAAAAUUGGCCACUAAUAGACUUAAAGAGUUUUUUCAGGAUGUUGAUACUAGAAGAGUGGGAGAAAUUGGUUUUGAAGGCUUUGCCUCCUUUUAUCAUAAUUUAAUUCAUGAUGAACAGUUAUUUAGUGGUACGUUUGGACAAUAUACAAAGGAUGGUCAAAGAGUUACUUUGCAAGAAUUCCAAAAUUUUUUAUUGGAGCAACAGAAAGAUCCAGAUGCUUUAGACGAACAAAAAGUUAGCCAGUUCAUGAGGGAAUAUCUUCAAGAUCCGAUUAGGGAUGCCCAGGAGCCAUUUUUUACUGUCCCUGAGUUUUUAGAUUUCCUGUUUUCUAAGCAAAAUGAUGCAUGGGAUGCCAAACACAAUGAAGUAAAUCAAGAUAUGACUCAGCCCUUAGUCAAUUAUUGGAUUGCAUCAUCUCAUAAUACCUAUCUUACUGGUGAUCAAGUAAAAUCAGAAUCGUCCACUGAAGCCUAUGCCAGGUGCCUUAGAAUGGGAUGUCGAUGUAUUGAAUUGGACUGCUGGGAUGGUCCUGAUAGCAUGCCUAGUGUCUAUCAUGGACAUACACUGACAAGCAAAAUUAAAUUUAUAGAUGUCAUCAGGACAAUCAAAGAACAUGCAUUUGUUACAUCUGAGUAUCCAGUUAUUUUGUCAAUUGAAAACCAUUGCACUUUACCUCAACAAAGAAAUAUGGCUGCUGCAUUUCUUGAAGUUUUUGGAGAUAUGCUCCUAGUACAACCCAUUGAAAGAGAUGGUACACAGAUGCCAUCACCAGCCCAAUUAAAAAGAAGAAUUAUUAUUAAGCAUAAAAAACUGCCAGAUGGACAUGAAGAAAAACUAAUUUUGCAAAGGGAUGAAGGGGCUGAUGCUGAUAUUAGCAAUGCUGUCAAAAAUGGUAUUCUUUACUUGGAGGAUCCUGUAGAUCAUGAAUGGAGGCCUCAUUUUUUUAUGCUUACGCAAAACAAGAUGUACUAUGCUGAAGAACAGCAGUGCACUGAAGACGAAGAUGGAGAUAAUGAAGACAGUAACACUCAUACAAAAGAGGAUGUUCCUAGUGAUGAAAUUCAUUUUGGAGAAAAAUGGUUUCAUGGGAAGCUGCCGGGUGGUCGAAAUCAAGCUCAGGAACUUCUGAAUCAGUAUUCAAGUUUAGGUGAUGGCAGUUUCCUUGUUCGUGAGAGUGAAACAUUUGUUGGUGACUAUUCUUUGUCAUUUUGGAGACAGGGUGUAGUUAAUCACUGUCGAAUCAGGUCAAGGCAAGAAAGAGGACAAACAAAAUACUUCUUAAUUGACACUAUUUCUUUUGAUACUCUUUAUAGUCUGAUCACAUAUUAUCAGUCUAAUCAGUUGAGAAGUCCUGAGUUUUGUAUGUGUUUGACUGAACCUGUUCCUCAGCCGAACAAACAUGAAGGGAAGGAAUGGUUUCAUUCCAAUAUGACAAGAGCACAAGCAGAAGAAAUGCUAAAAAGAGUACAUUAUGAUGGUGCAUAUUUGGUUCGUCCAAGUGAAAAAGAUGCAAAUUGUUUUGCUAUUUCUUUCAGAGCUGAGAACAAAAUAAAACACUGUAGAAUAAAGCAAGAAGGCCGUCUUUAUACCAUUGGCACUGCACAGUUUGAGAGCUUAGUGGAACUAGUCAAUUAUUAUGAAAAACACACUCUUUACCGGAAAGUUAAAUUAAAGUACCCUGUUAACGAACAAGUGGUUCGUAGAAUUGGUGGAGAGCCAGAAUAUUCACCUGUAUAUGGACCUCCUGGAAUGUACAUGGAUCCCAAUUGUUUUGUAUCAAAGAUUACUGUGAAAGCUUUGUACGACUAUCGUGCUCAACGAGUGGAUGAAUUAUCCUUUUGCAAACAUGCCAUCAUUACAAAUGUGGUUAAGGAAAAUGGAGGCUGGUGGAAAGGAGAUUAUGGUGGAAAGAAGCAACACUGGUUUCCAGCGAAUUAUGUAGAAGAAAUCGAAGCUCAAGAAAAUAGUGAUGAAAGUUCUGUUGAAGCUAUGCCUUUAGGUAGUCUGCAGAAAGGCUCCAUUGAUAUAGUUAAUUGUACUGUUGAUAUAACUUCAAUGACAAGCAGAGGUAAUGAGUAUGUGUUUAGAAUAGUUUCUCCACAUCAAGUCCCUCCUAUUGAAAUUGCAGCUGCAUCUAGAGAAGAAAUGCUAGAUUGGGUUCACAAAAUAAGAGAAACCGCACAAUCUGCUAAUGACAUGUUACAACACAGUAAAAAGUUAGAAAAGGCACUAAAAAUAGCAAAAGAAUUAUCUAGUUUGAUUAUAUACUGCAAAUCAAUGCCAUUUAGUCCAGAAAAAAUUGGAAAUUUCACUGAGAUGUCUUCUUUUCCUGAAACCAAAAUAGAGAAGUGGGUUGGACCUGAAAAAUGCAAGUUUCUUCUGAAGUAUCAUAGGACACAGUUUAGUCGAGUCUAUCCUAAAGGAAGCCGCAUUGAUUCAUCUAAUUAUGAUCCAAUAAAAAUGUGGAAUGCUGGAGUUCAAAUGGUUGCAUUGAAUUAUCAGACAGCAGAUAGAGCAAUGCAGCUAAAUCAAGCAAGAUUUCUACAGAAUGGAAAGUGUGGUUAUGUUUUGAGACCUAAAUGUAUGUUUGAUGAUAACUUUGAUCCUUAUGACCGAAGUACAUUACAAGAUGUGGAGCCACUUACUCUGACUGUUCAGAUCAUAGCUGCUCGCCAUUUGAUGAAAACAAGUAAAGGAAUUGUGAGCCCUUUCAUUGAAGUUGAGUUUGUUGGUGCUGAAUAUGAUUGUUAUCAUUUUAAAACCAGUACAAAAGAAGAUAAUGGUUUGAAUCCUGUUUGGAAGGAAUCUUUUAGAUGGACUGUUUAUAAUCCCGAGUUAGCAAUUAUCAGAUUUGUUGUUAAAUAUGAAGAUAUGUUUGGUGACCCAAACUUUCUUGCGCAGGCUGCUUAUCCCAUCAUCUGUUUAAGAACAGGUUAUAGAUCAAUUUCCUUAAAGAAUGAAUUUAGUGAGGAACUGGAGCUUUCAUGUUUGCUUGUACAUAUUGAUAUCCAAAAACAUUCACAGGAAGUCAUCAAUCAUAAUCCUAAUCCACCUACAGAAUCCUUGACAAACGACCAGCAAAUAGUUGGAGAUGAAAUAGAUGUCCUAUCAGUUCAGACCAAUCAUGAGCUACUUUGUAGAGAAGCUCAAGAGAGCCAAGAAAUGCCUCAUAGAUGUUUACAAAGUAUACCAGAUUAAAUUUUUGAUAAAUAUUUUAUACUGGUGGUAAUCUUUGAUUUCUAAAAUCCUAACUUCAUUUUGAAGUCAUAUGUGUUUGUCUUUGCAGAUGUAAAUGUUUCAUUGUACAUAAUUAAUAUUUUCUACCGAAAUAAAUGUUUGAGCAUUGACAGCCAUUUUAUAUAAAAAAAGCUGUUCUUUGGGAACAUAAAUAUUUGUUCAUUCCGUCUAUUUAUUAUGUUUUGUAAUUUCUUUAGUUCUGUUGAUAUCUUUAUGCCUUUUAAUGUAGUUGUGUUUAUUUUCUAAAUUAUUUUAAAGAUGUGGAAAUCAAAUUACUGAAUAGUAAGCUUUUUUCAAUAAAUGUUAUUAAUUCUACUCAUACUACAGGGAACUUGUAGCUGAAUUGUCAUAAAUAUUACAUUCCCGUAGCUUAUCAUUUCGCUUUAAAAUUUAUUUCAAAGUGAUUUUUUUUAACUCUUCAGUAUAUCAAUAUCUCUUGAAUCAAAUAUUUAAAUUAUUUUUCAUAGCUGAAAAAGUUUUAUUUCUUUUGACAUAUCAUUGAACCAGGGAUAAAAUUGAUUUUUUUAUUACAU